CGAGAUUCCAUAUCAAUACAUCUAUUUGCAUUCUACAGUAUAACCCCUGAAAUAAGCCAAUAUGCAGCUAUUAUUGUGGCUAGACUUAAAUUCUACAGGUUAUAGAUUCACAUUGUUCAUUUUAUUUACAUGAGCAUAAAGGGAAGUAGUUAAGCCUAUUGAUAUACUAAAAUGUGACAUAGCCCUACAUGGUAACCAGUGUCUUGGGUAUAACCAAAACAUUGAAUUUCUACAUGUAAAGGUACUAUUUUACAGGGAUAGGUCUAACAUGUGGAAAUAUUUGAUGGACAUGAUUGGAUUGCAUGAAUGAGUAGAUAGGUGUACAACUGAGCAUCUUCUAGCCUGCAACCAACUUGUUCAAACUGCUUCCUACUGCAAUGUACCUGCUUUGAUCCAGAUUGACCACAUAUCACAACAUGGAAGACAAUACACAAACCUCUGAACCAUCUAAGGGUAAUCCCCAAGCCCAGAAUGAGGCCAAAAAUGUGUCAAAUGAGCCAGCUGAAAAUACCAAUACCAAAGACACAUCUGAGAAUCAUGAAAGUGACAUUGUAGGAACACAAUCAAAUACCUCAAAAUCUGAAAAACUAAAACAUAAAUCAGAAAAUGAUGGAACACUUUCACGAAAAACACCAAGAUCAGAAAGUAAAAGUAUUAAAGAUGACACCACAACACAUACAGACAAUAUGGAUCGAAACAUAUCUAAUUCAAAGACUAAUCACAAAAACAGAGAUUCAACUGAAAAUUCAGCAACACAUCUUCCUGAUCUUACAAACCAGGACACUGAUGAUGCUUCUUAUUAUGAAUCUUCAGAACCAAAAACCCCAAGAAACACUAACAUAGCACGCAGCCCUAGAGAGCUGCCAGUAUUAGAGCCAAACAGAGCUCAGAUAGCUGCCAUACCAUCCCCACCUUACCAUAUACAGAAAGAAUGGUCCAUGAUGUCCCUGAAUCGUGAAAUUCAAAGAUGUAGAAAUCCUCCAAAAGCCAUGAAACUGACAACAGUCACUAUGUCAGCUAGGCAAGCCAAAACAAAUGGUAGAGCCAGUGCUAGUCACUAUGUGGAGAUGCCUCCAAAGCCAGAGAAGGUGAUCAAAUGGAAUGAGGCAACAGAUGCAAGGCCCCCACUCAGGAUAGAUAUGGAUGGACCUGACCCUGUCACAUACUCUCCACGUAAUGCACCGCUGAAUGAGACCAACUCACCGAAAUAUACAUUUGGAAGCAAGCCUUAUACAGAUAAACCAUAUGGUGGAGGAAGAACAUCAUGGGCAAAGCAAUGGUUCCAAAGCUCUCACCCCUACCACCAAAAGGCAGACUUUUACUCAGAGAGAACAUGGCCCACACCUGCUCACUACAAAAAGCAACCUCUACUAGGUGUGAGACAACCUACAUCUUUGACCUACCCAGCCUUUACAUUUGGACUGAAGCUCAAUGGAAAAGGCAUGGCCAAGAAAGGAGCAGGAAGGGAACCAGCCCCAAAUGACUAUAACCGAGACAAUGCAGAUAACCUGACCAUGAACCGAGCCCCAACACUUUCACAUAGUUUCCGCCAUGGGGGUACUGUCCUUUGGCACAAUACAGAAACAACUCCAGGUCCAGGGGCAUACGAUCCAGGUCUCCCAGACAAAUCCAGUAGACGUAACUUCACAAUUCGAGGAAACAGGGGCCAAGCAACUGGGGUUUUGGGGCCUUAUGCAUCUGUUUAAAGCUCACGUAGAGAGUAAAGGGAAUGCCGCAUGUAAUGACAAAGAAAGGAACAAUCUCCAUGACACAAGAGUAGCAUAUCACAACACUAGAGACUAGCACCAGCUGUAAAUGAGCACCAUCUAUUUGGUAACAUAAAAGCAAUAACAUAGGGAUAUAACAAAAAAACUUAAACUUUUGAUAGACUGCUGUAUUCACAGUGCAUUUACACAGGUACGAGUAUAUCAAUUAACAGCAAGGAUAAACUUUCAAAAAGAAGUUUCAAUAUUUUUUCUUUCAAACACACUGAAGCCAUGGAGAUUAGAGAAUCAUUCUGUGAAUCAAAUACUCAAAUCUCAAAUCAUACAUAUUAAAAAACUGCCAAAUGUCAACACUCAAAAAACGCUCUCAUUAUCAAAGGGUAUCAUCAUACAUGUCUUACCAAACAAGUAUUACUUUAUCCAAAUAAAAAAGGAAAUUGAAAGGAUUUACCUUCGGUAUUCAGUCAUUGCUAUAAGUGUAGUUAGAUUUUAAAUCAGUUAAAACUGGUUCCAGUAUUAAAUAGUUUCAGCAAUUACUUUAUAUUUUAAUAGUAAAUAUUUUUGAUAAAUAUUUGAUGCUUUCAAACAAUAAUGUAUGUAACACAUAUGCGAGAAACUAAAAUAAAUAUUUAGUGCAGUGUAAAAUGAAAUCUGCUCAA